CAUUUUCUUCUAUUCGAGUUAAGCAAACAACAAAUAAAGUCACACCGGAUCUCCAGCUCCAAAAAGGAAGAAGUGCAUUUGGUGUUCCUCUGGAAACUCUCAUACAGGAAGAACCACAAUGCAGAGUUCCCUUUCUUGUGACACAGAUGGUGGAAUACCUAGAAGUAUUUGGUCUAGAGCGUGUAGGUAUAUUUCGAAUCAAUGGCUCUGUGCAUAAAAUCAAGGAAUUGAAGCAGAAAUACAAUCGAGGGGAAGAUGUAGACCUUAUUAAUGAUGGAGACGUUGAUUCUGUUGCCAGUCUGCUGAAACUCUUUCUGAAGGAACUCCCAGUGGCUGUUUUUCCAGACCAUCUAUGUGCUGGCUUCCUAAAAGCUUUCCAAGAGCAUGAAGUCAAUACAACAGAAUGCCUGAAGAACCUGAGACAGUUACUGAGCUGCCUGCCCAAAGCCCAUCACAGCCUCCUUCAGUUCCUGGCUGCUUUCCUGUUAAAGGUGUCAGCACACAGUGCAGUGAAUUUCAUGACUCUGGAAAACUUAGCCAUUGUGUUUGGGCCUGCCUUUUUUAACAUCCCUGUGAGUCCCAUGGCUUGUGAAGAUCAAAGGCUUUACAAUGGCUUGCUGCUGUAUUUGCUGCAACACUAUGAGAUGCUUUUCACUGACUUGGACCCUUGUUUCUCCCUGAAACAAGCAGACGACCCUAAGAAAGAUAACAUAGAAGGUGAUGAAAGAGACAGAAACACAUCAUUAAGGUAG